UGUCACUUCCGGUGAAUGUUGCGUAUGGUACCAGCGACGCAACUUGACUUUACUUACAAGGUGGUCUUCUGCCACAACCUCCGAUGCUUCCCACUGUCCUCCGCUGUGUUCGACCCAUCUCUACCAGUCUUGCCUUAAGCCGGCCUCUGGCCCACUUCAGACCACACAUGGAUCCAGACCAGAGCCGGCCCGUUGAGAGGUCUAUAAGAACCAAACUGACCGACAAACUCAAGCCGGACCACUUAGAGGUCCACAAUGAAAGCCACAUGCACGCCGUGCCCCCGGGUUCUGAAUCCCAUUUCCGUGUCCUGGUCGUCAGCUCGCAGUUUGAUGGUCUGCCGUUGAUACAGCGCCACCGUCUGGUGAACGAGGCUUUGAAAGAAGAGUUGAGUAGUUGCGUUCAUGCCCUGGCUAUCCAGGCAAAGACUCCUGAGCAGUGGGGCAGUAACCCCUCCCUGGCUAAGAGUCCACCUUGCAUGGGAGGCUCAAGGGGGGAUCACACGGUGGAGGAGAAACUGAAGGCCGGGCGGGAGUGAAGGGUUGUGGACUAUGAAGCUUUUGGACUGAACUGUGAAGAAGGCAGUGAAUGCUGUAGGAGAGGUAUAAAGAUCAAUGUCAUUAAUGUAAUGGCAGUCAGGGUUCUGUUGCAGAUUUCAAUAUAUGAUUAUUCUAUCAUAAUAAAACAAGAAUUGUAAA